GUUGGUUGUCCAGCAGCAUUCACUAUACUUCACUAAAUGUGACUGAAAUGUCCGUAUCCAGGUUACCGCCUGCGACACUGAACCUCAAACAGUUUUUGCAGAGACAAAGGAUUUUAGGUUUGUACCGCAAUAUGCUGAGGACAAUCCGCAAAGUCCCAGGCGAGGCAGACCGUAAAUAUUUGAAGGACUGGGCGAGAGAGGAGUUCAAGAGGAACAAGGAGGCCAGAGACCAGGAUGCCAUCCGGAUGAUGAUCACACAGGCCAACAAUCACCUGGAGGAGCUUAGACGAUCCCUUGCUCUGGCUGGAAGGUGAACGGCUGUGAGUGUCGUCUCCUGCGUGAGGAACCUGUGUUAAUGGCAGGACUAGCAGCGCUGAAGGCAUAUACAGUACAGUGCGCGUGUGACUUCAAACCUCGCUCAGGCUGGCCUUCAUCACCUCAUUGCUGCCAAGAGUGCUGUGUGAAUGUAAACGGUCUGCAGCAUUUUGAGUCCAGCAUUGUGGGUUUACUUCCUAUCGUUCAUCUGAGUGAAAUCAUACGUUAAAAUCACCAACUUAACCUGCACUGCAGGUUUUUGAUGAUGCAGGAGUGCUGGUCUCUUGUGUACUGUGACGUUUUGUAAAAUACACAAGCCAAAUAAAUCCAGGUUGUAUUUCAA